AGUACAAGGAGCGAGGGACUGUCCUGGCUGAAGACCAACUGGCCCAGAUGUCCAAGCAGCUGGACAUGUUUAAGACCAACCUGGAGGAGUUUGCCAGCAAACACAAGCAGGAGAUCCGGAAAAACCCGGAAUUCCGGGUGCAGUUCCAGGACAUGUGUGCAACCAUUGGAGUGGAUCCCUUGGCAUCUGGGAAAGGAUUCUGGUCAGAGAUGUUGGGAGUUGGAGACUUUUACUAUGAACUGGGAGUGCAGAUCAUUGAGGUUUGCUUGGCUCUGAAGCACAGGAAUGGAGGUCUGAUAACACUGGAAGAACUUCAUCAGCAGGUGCUGAAGGGAAGAGGGAAGUUUGCUCAGGAUGUCAGCCAGGAUGAUCUCCUUCGUGCCAUCAAGAAGCUGAAGGUGUUGGGGAAUGGCUUUGGGAUUAUCCCUGUUGGUGGGACAUACCUGAUCCAGUCUGUGCCAGCUGAGCUGAACAUGGACCACACUGUUGUCCUGCAGUUGGCAGAGAAAAAGGGCUUUGUAACAGUCAGUGAGAUCAGGUCCAGCCUGAAGUGGGAGACAGAACGUGCAAAGCAAGUGCUGGAACACUUGCUGAAGGAAGGAAUGGCCUGGCUGGACACACAGGCCCCAGGAGAAGCUCAGUACUGGCUGCCUGCUCUCUUCACUGAGCUGUACUCUCAGGAAAUCACUCCAGAGGAAGCCAAGGAGGCAAUUCCUUGACUGCUGCCUGUUCUGUGCCUGUCUCUAACCCUGGGGAUGUUCUUUGCAUAUCACCUGGAACACAGGAACAGUGGACUUGAAAUAAAAGUUUUAUAAAGAA